AUUUUUGAUUACUCUGCCGAAUCAUUAAAUAUUCCGAAACCUCACGUAAUUUGUAGGCAGUAGGGAGGAAACGAGAGACAGAAAAUAUCAGUUCCUCCCCGAAAGAGUGGGAACUACACCUUGCAUGAGCUGCCUCGAUGGCCACAGUGACCAAGGUCCACCUGUGCCCGGGAAGGUUUGACCAUCAAUUCGUCAGUUUUAGAGAGAACCCACGAGUGUUCUUGCCGGGUUUUUUCCAUUCGGGUUCGAAAUUGCUCGGGAGGCGAAGCAGGUUGUGCGUGCGGCAUCAGUGCAGGUCGUUCAGGCGCGAAGAAGAUGGGGACAGAGAGGGAGAUGGUGAGAAACCGAAGGAAGAUGAGGUGGAGGUGGAGAGCGAGAGAAGUGGGGUUUUGAAUUCGAUGAGGACUGCUUUUGUGGGUUGUUCUCAGUUGGGUUCGAAAUGGAGGGAUGAUUACAGCAGAUCAGUGGCUAAGCUUGAGGAGAUUAUGUCCUCUGCUGCUCUUCAAAUUGGAAGAUACAUCAUAACCAUGAUGAGCACUGGAGUGAUUCUCGUGGUUGGUUUUCAGAUGUCAGGUGGAGAUAGUCAAUUGGAUACGUUGAUCUGGUAUAGCUGGCUUGGAGGGGUUAUAAUUGGAACAAUGAUUGGUGCUAACAUGGUGUUAGAUGAACAUUGUCGAGCUGGUCCGCGUAAUGUGGUCAUCACUGGAAGUACGAGAGGGUUGGGAAAGGCACUUGCUCGUGAAUUUCUUCUUUCUGGUGACCGUGUCAUCAUUGCUUCUAGAAGCCCUGAGUCUGUGGACAUGACCGUCAAAGAGCUUGAACAGAACUUAAUGGAAGUGAAACAGGCUGCGAGUGGCUCAUCUAUGACAAGUUUGGCACAUGCAAAAGUGGUGGGAAUACCAUGUGAUGUUUGUAACCCCGAAAAUGUGCGGAAUUUGGCAACUUUUGCUGUUAGUGAGCUUGGUUCUGUAGACAUUUGGCUUGGUUACUUCUUGAUAAUCAAGAUAUCCGUAUUUUUCCUGGUGAUAAACAACGCUGGCAUAAACAAAGGAUUUAGACCGUUGCUGCAAUUCUCUGAUGAAGAUAUUCAACAGAUCAUAUCAACAAACCUAGUCGGCUCAAUACUUUGUACUCGAGAAGCCAUGCACGUGAUGAAAAACCAGGCUAAGGGGGGCCAUGUAUUUAACAUGGAUGGGGCAGGAUCUGGCGGAUCAAGUACUCCUUUGACAGCUGUCUAUGGGUCAACAAAGUGUGGUCUGCGGCAACUUCAGUCGUCACUCCUUAAGGAGUGCAAGCGGUCCAAGGUGGGAGUUCAUAACGCAUCUCCUGGCAUGGUUCUUACAGAUUUACUUCUGAGUGGCUCAACAAUAAAGAACAAGCAAAUGUUCAACAUUAUUUGUGAACUUCCUGAAACGGUUGCUAGAAGUCUAGUUCCUCGGAUGCGGGUUGUAAAAGGGACGGGCAAGGCGAUCAGUUAUUUAACCCCUCCUAGAAUCUUACUGGCUUUAAUCACUGCAUGGUUGCGACGAGGUCGCUGGUUUGAUGAUCAGGGGAGGGCAUUGUACGCUGCAGAGGCCGACCGACUUCGCAACUGGGCUGAAAAUCGCACUAGAUUUUCUUUCACUGACGCAAUGGAGAUGUACACUGAGAACACUUGGGUCUCGGUUUUUUCGCUCUCCGUUGUUUGCGCCUUCAUCAUUCUUUCCACCACGGGCAGCUCAUUUCCAGGCACAUGAUGAGCACUAAUGAAGCAUUGCAGCAAGAAAGCAGACACGAAAGCCGAAGUGAUUUAGUGCCUCGGUCCGAAAGAGUAGCAUAUGGAUUAUGCAAACAGCUGGUUCUAUGGUUUUCAAUCCAGCAUUCAUAUGCUCUUCCAAUGAUAUCUGGCUGCUUGCUUAUGAAUUGUUGAACUUGUUGGUUUUCUUGGA